AUGUAUAAGGAUUCAAAAUACAACUCGCUUGCAAGCCAGAUUGUUCAGGCACCGUACGAUUAUGUCUGUUCGUUACCGUCCAAGGGCGUGCGCGAUCGGCUGAUCGAUACAUUGAACAAUUGGUUGCUGGUGCCAGAGGAUUCUGCUAUCUCAGUGAAACAGAUCAUUGGCCUGUUACAUAACUCUUCUCUGAUAUUAGAUGACUUUCAAGAUCGUUCGCCCUUGCGACGCGGUAGACCAUCCACCCACACAGUUUUUGGGCCUGCUCAAGCUAUAAAUACAUCAAGCUACGCCAUUGUGGAAGCUAUUUCCAAGAUCCAGAACAUGUCAGAUAUGAAUUGUGCGAAGUCGGCGACCAAAAAGAUUAUAACAAUCUUUGAGGGUCAGGCAAUGGAGUUGCAUUGGACCCACAAUGCUGAAUGUCCGUCCGUGGAGCAGUAUAUGCAGAUGAUUGGUGAUAAAACUGGUGCACUUUUUGGAUUGGCGUUUCAGCUCCUGGUGGCACAGGCACCAUCCCAUAUAAGCGAACGCAUGAUUGUCUGGGCCGACCGGCUUAUGGAUCUUCUGGGCCGCUACUUUCAAAUACGUGACGAUUACCAAAAUCUCAUGUCACCUGAUUAUGCCGAUCAAAAAGGCUUUUGUGAGGAUCUUGAUGAGGGCAAAUACUCGCUUCCCCUGAUCCAUUGUUUGCAUUCGAACCGGGAUAACCUGUUGGUGCAGUAUAUUCUCUCCACCCGAAGAGAGCAUGGAGAGUUGACACAACCUCAAAAGAUCCUUAUUCUGGAACAAUUGAAGGAGUGUGGCAGCUUGGAAUGGACGCGUUCAAUCCUAAACGAUCUUUAUAUCCAGCUAAUCGGAGCUUUCGAAACACUAGAGGCAGAAUUCGGUGUGGCUAACCCCCAGUUAAGGGGGCUCAUUGAGCUACUACAAGUUUAA